AUGCCAGAAGACAAUGGGACCUGUCCCUUACCAUUAGAAGUGACAGUGCUGAUUUCCGCCCCGCCGGUGCACACACACACCGUCCAGAGCCGGCAUCCCGAGGGCAGUGACCGCGCCAGCAGCCCGCAGUCUCACGGGACACACCGCCCCGUCUCUGCGCGGAGCCGCGAUCAGUGCAGGCCCAUCCGAGCGCCCGCCAGCCGCCGCCUCGCCUCCCGCCGCCAGGUGGUCACUGGCUGCCAAGAAAAAAUCCAGCACUGGAAGAAGGUUGAGAGUGAUUAUGAGGCUCUUCAGGAGCGACUCCGGACACUGCCUGACAAGUUGUCCUAUGAUAUCAUGGUACCUCUUGGUCCUCUUGCCUUCAUGCCAGGAAAGCUUGUCCACACCAAUGAGAUCACUGUUCUGCUGGGGGACAACUGGUUUUCAAAAUGCUCAGCAAAGCAGGCUAUUGAGCUGGUUGAGCACAGAAAAAAACAUGUAAGGAAAGCACUGGAUGAUUUGCAAAAAGUCAUGAAGAAUUUUGAAUCACGAGCUGAAUUCACAGAAGAUUUGCAGAAAAUGAGUGAUGCUGCAGGUGAAUAUGUUGACAUAAGAGAAGAAAUUGAAGAUGAUAGCAUUGAAACAAAAGGAAAAUACCGAACUGCUCACAAACCUCAUUCAAAGCCAAAAGUAUCAAAUGUUUUUGAGGUAGAUUUUCCAGCAAAUGGAAGUGAUACAAAGCCAGUGGGCCGUUUUCAGUCGGAGGAGGAGCUGUGGGCCCGCUUAGAAGAGCUCGAGAGACAAGAAGAGAUCCUCGGUGAACUUGACAGGAUGCCUGAUGCAGUUGAAGAAAAUGGAGAAGAUGCAACCUCUUCUGAAGAGGAGAAGGAGGAUAAGGAGACAGAUGUGAAUGGGAUGUGUAGGGCAGAGGACUGUAUUACUCAGGACAACUUCCAUAAAGAACUUGCAAAUUCAGAAUUGUUUCUAGGCCAAGUUAAUGGCUCGACUUACUAUCACAGCGAUGAUGAAGAUGACAGAGAUGUUGGAGAUAACUCUAUUCCAACUAUUUUUUUCUCUCACACUGUGGAGCCUAAAAGGGUAAGAAUAAACACAGGAAAAAAUACUACUUUGAAAUUCAGUGAAAAGAAGGAAGAGGCCAAGCGUAAAAGGAAGAACAGCAGUGGCAAUGGCCAUGCAACUCCGGAGCUGCCCAACAUCAAAACCCCAGCAGACAUUUACCGAGUCUUUGUUGAUGUUGUGAAUGGAGAAUAUGUCCCUCGUAAAUCAAUUUUGAAGUCUCGAAGCAGAGAGAACAGUGUUUGUAGCGAUACCAGUGAGAACAGUGCUGCUGAGUUUGAUGACAGACGAGGAGUUCAGAGGAGUGUUAGCUAUGAUGAAGCCACUCAGAGUGACAACAGCGAAGGCAUCCUGGAGGAAGAGGAGGGGGAAGGGCAGCAGCAGCUACUGAAAAAGCUUCCUCCCUCUUCAGGGACAACUGAGGCAUUUUCUGGAACUGUCAUAGAAAAGGAGCCUUUGUCUCCCUCCUUCAUACCACACCCAGUGCUCGCUCACCCAGUGCUGCCGACCAUUCUGGAGCGCAAAUCGGAGGAGCUUUCGUCCGACGCCCCGGAGGAGCCUGUCAGGAGGAUUUCCAAAUUCAGAGCUGCCAGGAUGCAGCAGACUCAGUAGGUGCUGCCGAGCCCAAGCAGGAGGGCUCUUGCCUGGUUUCACCUCUGGAGAUUAUAUAAAGCCUUCUCCAUAGCACCCACCCAGUUACCAGGGUGUCCUGUGGUAAUUUGGCACCGGUUAUCUCCUCAACGUUUACUGGCAGCAUUAGGAAAACAAACACUUCAGUGUUUGAACACUUGAGUAUUCAUCUUAUUUUGUCGGUUUCCCUCUGUGCUGUCAGCACCUUUGUAUAUGUUUGCCUUAUGAUAGCAGCACUUGGGUUCUUUUUCAAAAACUGUUCCUUACAUACAUUGUUUUUGUGUUUAAACCUAAAUACAGGCAGUUUUGUGCCAGCUGUGAUGUUCUACAUACCAUAUGGACCAUUUUAAGGAAACUUUUCACAUUUCAAAUAGAUUCACCAAUUAUAUUACAUUACUUGCUUUAGCAUUUUAAGACACACUUGUAUUCACAUUGCUGUAGGUUUUGCAACUAGGUGUCUGCUAAAAGUUUUUUUCCUUCUUUCAAACCUCUCUGAUAUCUCACUGUACAGGUCUAUAAAAUGCCAGGUUCAUGUACAUUGCAGGGAAGUUUCUUUGAUGGAAAAGGGUAUUUUGUAAAAUUAAAUUUUCAGUAAAAAAGCUGU